AUGAAUCCGGCUCUGAACGGCACAGCCGCUCAACGGCGGUAUGGGCCAAGUGCAUUUGAUAUCUGGACCAAGAACGACCAGGAUGCUUGGCUCGAUGGCAUCCAGGCAAAAAUCCACCGCCGGUUGUCAGGCGCCGAGGCGUCAUGGUCACCCCAACGCUCCCCCUCGCCUCUUCGCGCCGUGACUCCCGAACUCCCACCACCGGAGGCUCAAGCUGAGGACACGUCGCUGCAUUCUGUUUCCCCUGGUGCCUCUGCAGUUUCCGACGCCCAGGAGAACAGCCUGUUUGGGGAGAGCGACGAGGGCUUGGACCAUGACGUCGAUGGCCGCUACGAGGAGGGCUUCGACAGUCAAGCGGACGACGAGGGCGCCAACGGCUAUGGGUAUGACGAUGGCUAUGUCGAGCAGGGUGAACACGUCGAGCUGCAUCAACAACACAUACCUGAUCCGUUCGCGACCACCGCUCAUGUCCCGGCCGCAUCAGCGUCACCGGCCCUGCAUCCUGGCCCCGACACCGCGACUCUAAACGCCGCUGCAACUCCAGAAGAAGAUGACGACGAUGACAUUAUCAUGGUCGGAUCGUCUUCUGAAGAUGAAGGGUCCGGGCAAGAGGAUGACGAGGGCGAUGGGAGCGCCGACGAUGGUCCCGAGAGCUCGGAGGAGGCUGAGGAACCUAUCGAGGGUGACGACGGCGAAGAGUUCCCCUAUCUCGCCCAAGCAGCUGCCCAAGCAUCCUAUAUGCCUGUUCCCACUCGUGAGGAGGACUAUGAGGAGGACGAAUUGGAUGACGAUGAUGGCGAAGGUUCAGACUCGUCAUCGCGGGCACCACACCCUCUCGACCAGGCGAACCACCGCUUUGAGGACGACAACGAAGACAAUCAAGCCGAGUACGAUGAGGAUGAGGAAGAGGAGGCCUCCCCACCUCCCCCACAACGCUGGCAACCAUCCAACUCGAACGACGACGUAAUCGUUCUGUCAUCGGACGACGACGACGACGAUGAUGAAGAAGAAGAGGAAGAGUAUGGGGACGACGCAAGCGGAGAUGAGGGCGAUGGCGGCUCGCAGCAGUCAUACGACGAUGAAGACGACGACGGAAUAGAUCUGGAUCACCGCGACAUGGAUGACGAGCGGGAUGAGCUCGAAGACAGUGCUGUGCCGACCGACCAACCGGCCGGCUUCAACAUUCCCUAUCACCCGACGGACGACUUGGGCCAUUUCUAUGUGCCAUAUUCUGGCGAACACCUCUCUCCCUACGGUGACGCCGCAGCGUCGCAUCACUCUCCGGUCCCGCAGUCUACUGUGGCUUGGAACGAGUCACACCUCAGUCACAGUGCGCACUCGUUCGCCUCGUCCUCAUUCGACACCACCCCGGUUCCAUUCCACGACCCUUCCACUUCCUUCCAAGGUCCUUCGACCUCGUUCCCAGACCCUUCGCUCCAAGUGCCCUCCCUCGGCGACUCCUUCAUGGACUUUUCCCAACCGAUGGCCCCUGGCAUGGUUGAGGCGGUUCUGAGCCAACUGCCACACCACGAAGCCAGCUUCCUGUUCAGCGACAUCCCCAUUGACCCAGCCCUCGACCACGAUACGUUUCCGCUGGACCCGGCGCUCGCAGACAACUUUCACGCCGCUCUACCACCUCUUGCUCCGAUACAGCCAGAUGCAUCGUCAUCGUUCACGGUGCGGUCAUCUUAUGCCGCCUUUGUCGAGGAUGAAGAGGACCCCGAGGCGCCACACGUUGUCAUUUCCGAAACGACAAUUGCCAUGGAGGUGGAGAAUGUACCGCAGCCUCCCGCGGAAGCUGAGAUUGAGGAGCUCGACAACAGCCCUGAGGUUGAAGAGCCAUCUGUCGAGGAGGAGCCCAAGGUUGAAGAGCCCCAGUCUGAACUCUCCCACCACAUUCCGGAAAUCGGCGAGCCCGAGAUCGAAGAGGUCGAGGAUGAUGACGACAUUGGAGAGCCAGAAAUUGAAGAGCUCGACGACUCGAGUCGCACCGACAGCACUCCAGCCACUCCAUCCGACGUGGCACGGCAACAAGCAGAUGAGACCCCAGCCAUCAGCCCCUCGCCUGCUCCAUCCGAUUCGACUAGACAAGCAGAGGACGAGGCCCCAGUCAUCGGCUUCUCCCCUGGUCACGUUGCUACUCCUAUCGGCGGUGACGAAGACUCGCCUAUCGACGUCAGCGAUGACGACUCUGCUGACGAGGACGGGGACGACGCUGAGGCUUCACCGGUGUCUGCCGACGCUCCGAGUGACUCAUCCCCGGAGCAGACGCCGGACCUGCAGGUGUUUGAUGGAGACGACAAUGUUGCAACUCCUCGAGCCGGGGACAAGACAGCCGCUGUCGUGCCGCCUUCAAGUGUCCCAGAAACUACUGAAGGGGCGCCUGACGUAGAGCUUCCGCUCUCGGCGCCUGUCCAGGAAGCUCCCCAGGCCCCACCAGCGACUGUCGACGACGAACCUCCUAUUCUGGCGGAUCACCUGCCCGACAGUGACGAGCCCAUUGUUGUCGAGAGCGAUUCUGAAGAGGACGAGGAACCCGCAACCGGCGAUUCGAGCGAGGAGUCUGAGCCCAUCGAGACUCGCGAGCCCAGCGAGGAGACAGAACCCAUCGAGAGCCAAGGCUCGGUUGUCGCCGAGGACGAUGACGAGCCGAUGGUUGUGGACGACGAUCAGCCAUCGACACCACCUACCCCGUCUGAAGUCGACGAGCUCGCCACUCGGCCAGUUACCCCAGCUGACGUGCAAGACCGUGCCACUGCCCCUUCCGAGAGCUCGACAGAGCCUGAGGAGGAGGUGGAGGUGCAGCCAGACUCUGUUCCUCUGCUCUUGGAUUCGGUAGACGAGCCAGAGGAGCCAAAGGAGCCAGAGGAGUCAGAGGAGCCUGAGGAGCCAGAGGAGCUCAAGGAGCCAGAGGAGCCAGAGGAGCCUGCCGAGGACCCCGCCGAACUCGACCAGCCACGGUCUCCUGUUCUGCACUCGGCAGAAGAACCUGAAGAGCCUGAGGAGCCUGUGGAGGUCGACGAGCUUCAGCCUCCGCCCGUCCUCCAGCUUGUCGAAUCGGAUGAAGAACCAGAGGAGCUCGAAGAGCCCGCCGCGGAAGCGAGCGAGACACAGGAGGCCCAGCAGUCACAUUCUCGUGCCGUCCCUCUUCUCGUGGACGCGGGAGAGGCACCCGAGGAGCCCAAGGAACCACACUCCGUGCUCGCCUCACCGCAAGCCACCAUCACCGAUGACCACUCUGUGGUCGAGCCACCCGCCGUCGUGGUGGUGGAGGGUUCAGCUUCGCCAGAAGUGGACCACUCUGACGAGGACUUGGUCCUUGAUGCGGAUAGCUUGGCUCCACCUGUGGGCGAUGGUUCUGCCGCCGAAGAGUCCACAUCCGCAACUGAGGACGAAAGCAUGGAUGUCGACGAGCAGGAAGUCGACGAGCUCGACGACUCGAGGUUCCCUACACCUGGUCCUGUCGCUGUGCCCGAGUCUGCUCCAGAACCCGUGGCCGAAGACACCACACCGUCACCAGCGAUAUCUCCUGAGCCUGUCCCAGGACCUGCUCUCCCUGCCAAAGCUGCUGCUCCUGCUCCUGCUGCCGAGGCAGCCCCCAUGGCCUGGAAGCACUUCCACGGAAAGGCCCGCCCUCCGCCCCCACCGGAGGUCCCUCGCGAGGCCCACCGCAGCGAGCCUGAGGUGACGCCAGUUGUUAAAGACGACCAGCCUCUGGAUAAAGAAAUCAGUCCGCCGGCGGACGCUGAGCAGCCUCAGUCCUCUGAGAGCUCUGGGAGCAACACACCAACACCGGUCGACACCAAGCCCGAGCCACCUGUUGAGUCACCUGUUGAGCCAACGGUUGAGCCACCGGUUGAGCACACCGACAACACCAAAGACCACCCCGUGGAGGAUUUCGACAAGGAACCGCAGGCGGCUGAGCCAACCACCAAGCGUGCACCCCGCAAGUCGCGACUCAGCGUCCCUUCCGACAUUUCACCUCCGACCACUCGCAGUCGUUGCCACCCGCGCAAGGUCCAAAUCGACGACGGCGACCUCACUGCGAUCGUCCUCGUGCCGCAGUGCUGCGUGCCAGGCCCCGACAAGCUUCGUGCCGAAGACGCCAAGGACCUCGGUGUCGGCACAUUUGACGAGGCGUUUGAGGAAGGCCGCGCGCUCGCGUUCCACCUCACGCCCGUCAUCUUCCAAAAGGCUUCCCGCCUCUUUGGCAUUUCCGUGUUCAACGAAGAGGACAUCUUUGUCCUCUCUGCCAGCGAGGGUGUCAUUGAGGAGAGGCCGACGCGUGAACGCCGCCUGUCAACUAAUCGCACGCCCGACCCAGACUGGCGGGAGGGUACUCCUCUCCGCGCCGGCUCGUCCCAGCCCUCGGGGCGCCGGCACCGCCGCGGAUCGUCUAUCGGCUCGUUUACCCUCGCCCGUACCCCCGACCCGGAGGGUACACCCAUACACUCUGGCGUCGGAUUUCUGUCCUCUCAGGGGUCCACUCGGCACCGUAAACGUGCUUCGACGGCCAGUAUCGAUGUGCCGCCUCUUGACCCGGCAACGCUCACGCCGUCACCUUCCAAGCGCCUCGUCACGUUCAAGGAGCCCGACACUGCGUCGAUUCGCCGCUCGGCGCGCAAGUCUGCCGCCAGUCUUGAGCCGCCGUCCCCAGCUCCUUCUGCGCCAAAGUUGCCAAAGGCCUCUGGGUCGCCUGUCAUUGCAACGAGGCGGGUGACACGCAGCAUGGAAACAGCGCCAGACGGAGAGCCGAUGGUUGAGGAUGAGGCUGAACCUCCUGUUGACGAGGAGCCGCCCGAGGUCGCAGCGCCUCCAGCCCUCGGUACCCGUACCCGCAAACGCAAGCUCGAGCCGGAACCAGUGGUCAAGGAGGAGGACGAGGACGAGGAGACCGAAGGCGAGACCCCCGUGCGGGCGCGUUCGGGCAAGCGUCGUGCGGUGCCAUCGUCAUCGGCAGCCGGCAAGCCCGAAGCACAAGAUGUCAAGCCGACUUCCGAGGACGAGGCCAAGGGCAGCAAGGGCUCGUGGUCAUUAAGGGGAUUCUUCGGGUGGAAGAAGUAA